AUGCCCCAACUUCGAUACAACGUGGCGACCAGCCUCGAUGGCUACAUAGCCUCGCCUGACGGCUCAGCUGAUUGGAUUGUCGACGAUCCAACGAUUGACUUCAAGGCACUAUAUGAACAAUUCGACUUCUUUGUCAUGGGCCGAAAGACGUACGAAACUAUGCUGUCGUUUGGAGAACCGAACGAGAACCCUCUGUCCAACCGGCCGAAGAAGAGUGUGAUAGUGGCAAGCCAAUCUUUGAAGCCAGAAGAUUUCCCCGAUAUCACUAUCCUAUCGAUGAACGUACUGGAAUUCAUUCGCCAAUUGAAGUUGGGAACUGGGAAGGACAUCUGGCUCAUGGGAGGCAGCAAGCUUGCAACUCAGUGUAUGCGUGCCGGCUUGGUUGAUACAGUCGAGGCAGCAGUCAUGCCCGUGGUAUUAGGGGAUGGCAUCAAAUUGAUGGAGGCAAUUGACUCGACUGAGAAUCUGCCUGUCAGGCUCGAUCUACUGGGAAGUGAGCGGGACCAUGCAAAUAACUGUGGCCAAAGGAAGGCGGGUAGUAUGCCUGGCCUAAUUGGAAAAUUACACCAGGUCGAUGGAGUUGCUGAAGCCUUGAUUGAGACUCAUUGGUUGGAUCCUAGUGAUCUAGCAGCGGGUCGAGCCGACGCAAGCAAGGAGAUGCCUGUCAAUACGCUACCACCAAUCAGAGCGCCCUUCCAAAUGAGGGAGCAUUUCCCGCCCCAUGCAGGCCUGACUCACGUCGGGCUGAGUGACGACAGCGAUGACUGGGUCAACGGGGGACAGGCAUUCUAG